AUGCUGCUUGUCGUUUGUUCUUUCCAUUUGAGAAACGCGGUUUGCGAGUGUAGAGGUGACGCUUCAAACACUGUACGAGUAAAGUGGAUAAGUUACGCCUCCGAAGUGCCCAGCGUGCGCUCAGUGCCCAGCGGGACGACUGCGGUGCCAGCCGUGCUCUUCCCUCAGGCACCCGCGCUCUCACGGAGACUGCGCUCGGCGUCCGCGCAGCGAGACGUGCCUCACGGGGCAGCACAUGUGGAGACGCAGCAUUCGAGUGCCUCGGAGGGCGGUUCCUAUUCGGCAACAGUCAGUCAGGGCUAUGUUUUACCAGAAGGAAAAAUCAUGCCAAACACAGUCUUCGUUGGUGGAAUUGACAUAAGGAUGAACGAAGCAGAAAUUCGGAGUGUCUUUGAACAAUAUGGUACUGUGAAGGAGGUGAAGGUCAUUACUGACAGAACUGGUGUUUCGAAGGGGUACGGGUUUGUGUCUUUCCUGGACAACGUGGAUGUUCAAAAGAUAGUUGAGUCACAAAUCAACUUCCAUGGUAAAAAGCUGAAACUGGGGCCAGCAAUCAGAAAACAACAAAACUUAAAUUCCUCUGUGCAGCCCAGACAAUUAGUUCUUGGUCCUCCUGCACCACAGUUCCAGAGUGUAUGGAGUAGUCAGACUGUGGAGACGUAUGUGCAGCCUCCAGCUGUCGUGAACCCAGUAACACCCUAUGUUCAGCCUUAUCCGUACAAUUCAUCACCAGCUGUACUGGUAAAGCCGCAAGUUCCUGUAGGGUAUCAACCAGCUUACAACUAUCAGGCUCAACCACAGUGGCUUCCUGGGGAGCCAAGAAAUUACGUAAUGCCUCCUCCAACUCCGAUGUAUACUUCAGUGAACUGUCAUGGCACUGAGGAUCCAGGACUUCUGCAGUUGGAAUGUGCUGUUCCAGAGCCUACGCAGUUGCCUAGCAGCCCGCAAAAAAAGUCUGUGGACAGGGGCAUGCAAACAGUAUUAUCCUGUCUGUCUAAUCCUGAGAACCAGCUGACAAAUGACUUUGUAGCACAAGAAAACAAUGUGAAGGAGAGUAAGACAUACCACUUCAGAAAAGGAAAGACAGUACACAAAAGUGUUUGA